AUGAAUUCGUCCCGCCGUCUCUCCUGCUGCACGUCGCAGUUCCCGCAUUUAGUGCCGCAUCUCCCCAUGGGCUCAGCGGUCUUCAGAGAGUUUGAUCAGCCAAGGCCUCUCAAGAGAAGUCCUGCUCUUUCUUGGCCCAAAACACCCUGGGUAACCCAUCAGUUUCCAUUCCACAUCACCAAAAGCCUCAACAUCGUCAGCUCAGCCAAAAUAAUCCUCAACUUGUCCAGCAUAAAGAACCUCGCUGUCUGCACGGACCAGGUGAGAGUGAAAGAGCAAAGACAAGAACUCAAUGAAGUGGAGGAGGAACAUCGUAACUUUACAAUUCAAAGAACAAAAGCCAAAAAGACGCACACCUGCACUCAGUGUGGAAAGAGUUAUUCUCAUGCAUCAGGUCUCAGUCGUCAUAUGCGCACACAUCAGUGUGGUAAAAAGUUAAUUUCACCAUCACAUCUAAAAAAACACCUGAAAGUUCAUUUAGAUGAGAGGCAUUAUGUGUGUUCUCUCUGUGGGAAGAGCUUUACUACAUCUGAAUAUCUGAAACUGCACCAAAGAAUUCAUACUGGAGAAAAACCUUACAAGUGCUCAUAUUGUGACAAGAGUUUCACUCAGUCCGGAACCCUGAAAUCACACGAGCGAGUUCAUACUGGAGAGAAGCCGUACGACUGUACUCAGUGUGAGAAGAGUUAUUCCAAUGCAUCAGGUCUCAAGUAUCAUCUGCGCAUUCACUCUGGAGAAAAACCAUUUAACUGUGAUCAGUGUGCUAACGAUUUUAUUUCAUCAUCAAAUCUAAAAAAUCACCUGAAAGUUCAUUCAGAUGAGAAGCCUUAUGUGUGUUCUCUCUGUGGAAAGAGUUUUUCAUGUCUGGACAGUUUUAAACGGCACCAGAAAACACAUAAUGAAGUGAGAGAUCAUGUGUGUUGUGACUGUGGGAAGAGCUUUACUACAUCUGAUAAUCUGAAACAGCACCAAAGAAUUCAUACUGGAGAAAAACCUCACAAGUGCUCAUAUUGUGACAAGAGUUUCACUCCUUCUGGAUCUCUGAAAUCACACGAGCGAGUUCACACUGGAGAGAAGCCGUACGACUGUACUCAGUGUGGGAAGAGUUUCACCCAAUCAAGUAAUCUAGUGACUCAUAUUAGAAAGCAUUGUUCUGUGUCACACGGCCUUGAGACAUCGUUGCCUGUCCAGUCUUACUUCGUCUUCUAUGUGGCAUUAGAGGCCGUUGUGGCUGAUCGCCAGCCUUGUCUCUGUGGUCUACUAAGGCCGUGUGGCCGUGCGGCCUUGUCUCUGUGGUCUGGCAAGGCCAUGUGGCCUAGCGUAGCACUGCUCUGUGGUCACUAUGGCCGGUUCUGUGUGGCCCAAGACCAGGUGAGAGUGAAAGAGCAAAGACAAGAACUGAAUGAAGUGGAGGAGGAACAUCGUAACUUUACAAUUCAAAGAACAAAAGCCAAAAAGACGCACACCUGCACUCAGUGUGGAAAGAGUUUCUCACGGAAAGGACACCUUAACUCACACAUGAGAAUUCACACUGGAGAGAAACCGUAUACAUGCACUCAGUGUGGAAAGAGUUUUAAUCAUGCAUCAGCUCUCAGUCGUCAUCUGCGCAUUCACUCUGGAGAAAAGCCAUUUAACUGUGAUCAGUGUGGUAAAGAUUUUAUUUCAUCAUCAAGACUAAAAAAACACCUGAAAGUUCAUUCAGGUGAGAAGCCUUAUGUGUGUUCUCUCUGUGGAAAGAGUUUUUCAUGGCUGGACAGUUUUAAACUGCACCAGAAAACACAUAAUGAAGUGAGAGAUUAUAUGUGCUUUGACUGUGGGAAGAGCUUUACUAGAGCUGAGCAUCUGAAACAGCACCAAAUAAUUCAUACUGGAGAAAAACCUUACAAGUGCUCAUAUUGUGACAAGAGUUUCACUCAGGCUGGAAACCUGAAAUCACACGAGCGAGUUCAUACUGGAGAGAAGCCGUACGCCUGUACUCAGUGUGAGAAGAGUUUCACAUCUUCAAGAAGUAAAUUGACUCAUAUUAGAAAGCAUUGUUCUGUGUCACAGUGA